AUGACUCCCUGGGCCGUGGAGCUGCUGCUGCUCCUGCUGCUGACGCAGGAAGCGGCGGCCCUGGCCGAGCCCGAGCUGUGCUACAUCCUGGACGCCGUCCUCUUCGCCUACGGCAUCGUGCUCACCCUGCUCUACUGCCGUCUCAAGGUCCAAGUGAGAAAGCAGCCCGAAUCCUCCGUCGGCUUCGAGAAAUCCGAGGGGAUCUACACGGGUCUGGGCAGUCACAGCCAGGAGACCUAUGAGACGCUGCAGCAUGAGAAGACCCCGAAGUAGCCUGGGGGAUCGGCGGGACCCUGAUCCCACCCCCCCUACGGAUCCCCCUCCCAGCCUUCGCUGGGGACGGGCCCACCCGCUCUCUUUAGGCCUUUCCCCCCUACUCUUCCUUCCACGCCUCGGUCCCGCCCCCUCAGCGAUACGGAACGAUAAACGUCCGCCGGCCCCUUCUGCCCGGUCCCCCGCCGCCUUCCAAUAAAGCUGCUGCUGUUUGGACCCCC